UCAUUCUUCAACUGUCUCAGAUUCUGGACAAAGAAAAAUGUGGUAAAAUGAGUGGAAAUCCUAAGCUAAACACCCUGCUGCAGUAUAGAUUUAUUAAAAAGCCUGUAAAAAAGAUCCAGUCAGACAACAGUGAUGAAGGAUCAGAAAACAGCCAAGAAAAUCAACAUUCAGACACUGUAGAUACAUGUAGUUCCACACCAACUCUAAAUGGGGAUUCCCAGACAGUAGUACCAGAAACGCCAGAGAUUCCUACUAGUCCCUCAUCUCCAGUAUUUCAACAGAAAAGUAAAUUGAUCAAGAAGAAUGUGAUAGAAUCAGAUGAGGAAGUUGAGUCUUCAGGUGAUUGGUUGUCUAAAGAUCAAGGCAUUGUGACAAAUGGCAAUGGUUGUCAAAGUACAAAGUCAGCUUCCAAAAGAAAACAAAAGUUACAUGUUAGGAAUGAACUUGAGGAAUCUUCUGACGAUGAAGAACUUGAUGGAGGACAAACAGACAAGGUCAGACAGAUUAAAGAUAUGUUCCCACAAGUCAGUACCAAAGAUGCUGUUGCUGUUCUCAGGAUAAAGUUAUGGAACACAGAGGAUGCUGUUGACAUAUUUAUGUCUGGAAGAGUUACUGAAACAUUAAAUCCACCUAUGAAGAAGAAACGAGUUAUCAGAUUUAACAGUAGCGACUCAGAACAAUCUGCUCCUCCACGGAAGAAGUGCCGUCGUGUCGAGUCUAGUGACAGUGAAGACAUGGACAGUCAAACGACUGUCUCAUAUUCUCAGACUGCAGACAGUCAAGCUACUGUGGAGUACAACGUAGACAGCCAGGAAACAAUACCAGGUUCUCAGGAUCAAAAGGAGCAGAUUAAAUUCCUCGUUGAAGCUUAUCCCGAAAAAUCUAAAAAGUACUUGAAAAAGUUGUUAUCAAAGAAUAACUGGUCUAUUGAGGCUGCAACAGAAAAACUAGAACAAGCUGCUAAAAGGUCCACUGAUGAUUAUGCUGAUGCUUUAGAUGAUGAAGAUGGGGAUUAUGAUAGUGAUGAAUGUGUAGACAGUGAAGACAGUAUUGAUGAAGAAGAUACUGGACAGAGAUCCAUCAUUCUGUCAUUCUUUGAUGAUGCUACAUUAGAACAACUUAGCACUAUGCCUGGAGUAUCCAAAAGGAAAGCAGAGAUUAUAGAGGCACUGAAACCAUUUAAAACAUGGGAUAAACUGGUUCAGAGUUUCACCACAACAAAAGGUUUAUCAUAUGAUGUGAUCCAUGGUUGUCAUGAGAUUAUCCGUGUCAGGAAUGUUGUGAUCAAGCUGAUGGAGAAAUGUGAGAAAAUAUCAAAGAACAUGGAGAGUAUCGUCUCCUAUCUGACAAAUAAACAGGAGCUAGAGGAGGCUGAUAAUGAUGAUAUACAGAUAAAAAAGCAACCAGGAAACUUAAAUCCAAGCUAUCAGUUGAAACCUUUCCAGAUGGUAGGACUGAAUUGGUUAAGAAUAAUGCACACACAGCAUUUAAAUGGUAUCCUAGCAGAUGAAAUGGGAUUAGGUAAAACAAUACAGACAAUAGCAUUUCUGGCACAUCUGUUAGAGGAAGGAGAGAGUGGACCACAUGUUAUCAUUGUACCAUCAUCUACAAUAGACAAUUGGUUGAGAGAGUUACAUACUUGGUGUCCAGAGUUAAAGCCUCUGAUUUAUUAUGGCUCUAUGGAUGACAGAAGAUCAGUUAGGCAGUCACUUCUGUAUGACAAUUAUGACAACUACAAUGUAAUAAUUACUACAUACAAUAUGGCUACUGGCAAUGUUGAGGAUCGAUCUCUGUUUAAGAAGCUAGGUUUCCAUUAUGCAAUAUUUGAUGAAGGUCACAUGUUGAAAAACAUGUCCUCCAUGAGAUAUCAAAAUCUAAUGAAAAUCAAUGCUGAAAGAAGAUUAUUGCUUACAGGGACACCAUUACAGAAUAAUCUACUAGAACUAAUGUCUCUUUUAAGUUUUGUCAUGCCAGAAAUAUUCUCCGGGAAGACAGAACAUCUCAAAAAAAUAUUUUCUAUGAUAACUAGAGCUGGUGAUGACAAAAGCAAGUAUAGUGCAGAGAGAAUAGCUCAAGCUAAACGUAUCAUGAAACCAUUUUUACUGAGACGUCUUAAAUCAGAGGUCCAGAAACAAUUGCCAAAGAAAUCUGAAGAAUUAAUCAGAUGUGAAAUGACUUCUGAACAAAAAAUAAGCUAUGAACAGACUGUGAAAACUUUUGCACAGAGAUUGAAAGAAGAAGGGAAUGAAAUAUUAAAAGGAGGUGGAGCAUCUAUAUUGAUGCAGCUACGCAAAAUAGCUAAUCAUCCCUUGUUACUACGUAAUCAUUUCAGCGAUGAUAAACUCAGAAAAAUGUCAAAAAUUAUUGCUAAGGAGCCAUCACAUAUUGACAGAGGAGCUUUGCCACAACUGAUUUAUGAAGAUCUACAAGUUAUGCAUGAUUUUGAAAUUAUGAAUCUCAUAGACCAUUAUAAGAGUUAUUUAGGACAAUUCCAGCUAGACCAAUCAGUAAUAGGAGCAUCAGGGAAAUUUAUCAAAUUAAAACAAUUACUACAGGACCAAAAGGAAAAGGGAGAGAAAGUUCUUAUAUUUAGUCAGUUUACAAUGCUAAUGGACAUUAUGGAGAAAUUUUUAAAACAAGAGAAACAUAAAUAUUUAAGAUUGGAUGGCCAGACACCUGUUACAGAGAGACAAGAUCUGAUUGAUAAAUUUUCCAAUGAUGACAGUUUGUUUAUCUUUAUGCUGUCUACCCGAGCUGGAGGUAUGGGGAUUAAUUUAACAGCUGCCAGUACAGUUAUUCUGCACGAUAUAGACUUCAAUCCAUAUAAUGAUAAACAAGCAGAGGACAGGUGUCAUAGGGUUGGCCAAACCAGAGAAGUGAGCAUCAUUCGGUUGAUCAGUAAAGACACGGUAGAGGAAGCCAUGUUGAGAUGUGCGCAGGAAAAAUUAAAACUAGAAAAAGAUAUAACUACUGAUGAAGGAUCUGAGUCUGGCAGUUCCAAGGAUGUAGCCUCAUUGUUAAGACAAGCUCUGGCUGAUAGCAGUGUAUGAUGACAGUUUAUAUUAGGCAUAUUUGUAUAUACAUGAUAUAAGAACAAAAGAGGAAGUAUGAAUGUAGAUUAGAUAUAUGUAGCCAUGUAAAAAUGUUUGAAUGAGGUUUAAAAUAUAAUUAGUUCUAAAAGGAGGAUGAAAUAAAUAUAGGACCAAAUGUUUUACCAGUGAAUUACUGGUGUUUAAUUGCUGUACAUAUAAGUUGAAAAAAUAGCUUUUUUAGGCAGGGAAUUUUAACUAUGAACUCUGGUGAUUGUGGCAAAUGAUUGAAUCCUUCUGAAAUGUCUCUUAAUUAAUAGUGUUAUUUAAGAGUCAUAAAUCAGGAUACUGUCAACUUCUGUCAGUAACAAUCAUCCUGUUUAUCAGUGAUUAGUUUCCCAAUGGUCAGUAUGAUUUUUAACUGAAACACCUUGCAUGUACUGUCCGUGUAAAUAUCAAAUUUUAUAAAUGUUUAUACUGUUCUGACAUGUGACAAUUAAAAGAAAAUGAAGGUUAAUAAUGCAUGAAUUAAUUACUUUGUAAAGUUAUUUAUCAUUGAUCUUGUCUUGUAACUGAUGUUUAUCCUGUACAGAGCAUGUUAUGAUUACUCCACGCAGAGUUUGAAUUAAAUGAGAUUGAGAGAUUUUAUGGUGUCAGAGUGUAUGUAUAUAGCGUCAACUCAUACUUGACAUCAAAUUAUGAUCAUAUUAUGAGCACAUCUAUUAAAGCAAAAUUUUAGAACACUAUUUCUGUUUGAGUCCAGUCUUUAAGAUGAGUAUUUAUCUUAAUGUUAGAAAAACAAUAAGAAAAUCUGUUUUAUAGCAUUGAAUCAAUUAUCAACACUGACACUGUAUUGUAUUCAGUUUUUUGUUGUUGAUUUAUAAAUAUUUUUCAUUUGAAUAAGUUGAAAUAUCGAUGUACAUAGUACAAAUUGGGAACAAAUAUUAAUUUAUUGUUGUUUUUGUAAAAAUGAAAUAGAAUAAGGCAAAGCUAUCCAUGUGAGUUUUUCAUUUCAUUGAAAUUUAUCAGAUUUUUUUUAAUUCGUUUAAAAAUUAAAGACCCACCAUUUAAACAUAUGUCAUUGUGAAACUGUAAUUUGUCUAAAUGUUAAAUAGACAGCUUUGUGAUAAAUUGAGAGCAUGAUUGACAUCAUUUAUAGAAUUUGAUAUUUUAUUUGGUGACAUUUGUUAAAAUGGAAUAAUUUAUAAAUAAAAUGUUGAUAUGUGUAUACAUGUUGUAUUUGUAAGAAAUAUUGUUAAUGUUAAAUAAUAUGGCUUGUGAAACUUAAAAUCAUUUGUACAUUUAUCAUAUUUUAAGAAAAAAUCAUUUAUUUUCUUCACUUUUUUUUUUGUUUGUUAAAUAAAGGCCACAAUUAAGAUAAAUGAAAGGUAGGCCCUGACCACUUUACAAUGCUACCUAUUGAUAAUGCUUACUGAUCAUGUCAUUAGAACUUAAAUGUAUUUACGGGAUGUGCAUUUGGUGUUUGAGGUUGUUAUGGUUGUAAAUUAUUUAACAAACCCUCUAACAGGCAUCAUUUGUGUUUUGUUCUUUGAGAUGAUGGUACUUUAAAGAUGCGUUAUAGAAUAUUUUGUCAAUAAAUUUUUAAAUGACAGACUAUAAUUACAAUUUUUAUAAAUCAUUGCUUUGUAGAUAUUCACCUGUGGUAGUGCUAGUUUUAUUGGUAGACAAAUAGUUUAAAGUGCUUAGUUAAAUAACCUUUAAUUUUUUUUCUGUUUUGAAUAUGUGAUUACAUUGUGUCCUGGAACACUCAUUUUUUAUCAAAAAAAAAAAAAAAGAAAAAAAAUUGUAGGUGGCUUUACAGAUUUGGAACAUUCAUUUUACACGAAGAGUUCUGUGUUUUUAGCUCACCUGGCUGAAAAGGCCAAGUGUUCUUUUCUCAUCACUUGCAUCCAUCGUCAGUCGCCCGUCGUUGUUAACUUUUACAAUAAUCUUCUUCUCUGAAACUAUGGGGUCAAAUUUAACCAAACUUGGCAACAAUCAUCAUUGGGGUAUCUAGUUUAAAAAAUGUGUCUGAUGACCUCACCUGCCAACCAAGAUGGCCUACAUGGCUAAAAAUAGAACAUAGGGGAAAAAUGCAAGUUUGU